CGCGUCCGUGUUUUGCGGGCAACUAGCUCUCCCAGCAGCUGUAAUUGCUGCUGCGGGAGAUAUCGGAGCUGCCGCCGUCCGCGCGCCCGCCCUCCCCCACUGAGGCGAGCCACCGCCUCUUUCGCUCUCCUCACACACCUAUCGCCGGGAGCGGCGGCAGCAACAGUCCCUGGGUCCACCGCCGCCUCCUCAGACGGCCGCUCUGCUGGUUAUUGCCUCAGUCCGACAGUUGCUGGCGGCCCCCUGUCCAGCUCCUCUCUUCAGAUCGUCUGCUCCCUCCUCAUCCUCCCGGGACCCACCUCCCCACGGUUCGCCGGGGUGGAGGACGACGUGGAGGAGACGAGAGUCACCCUCCCUCCAGGCGGCGCCGGCCCCCUCACCCGCGGGUGUGUCCUAUAAAUGGCGUCGGAAAGCGACACGGAGGAAUUCUUUGAUGCCCCUGAAGAUGUGCACCUAGAGGGCGGCGACCCUAUCGGGUAUCCAGGAAAAGUUGGGAUUUCAGCAUUAAAGGAAACAGAGAACUCUGCAUACAAAGUUGGAAAUGAGUCCACUGUACAAGAACUGAAACAAGAUGUAUCUAAAAAGAUUAUUGAAAGUAUUAUUGAGGAGAGUCAGAAAGUACUACAGCUUGAAGAUGAUUCUUUGGAUUCCAAAGGAAAAGGACAGUCUGAUCAGGCUAUUGCCAGUCCUGUCACAGCUGGAAGAGAUCUUAGCAAUAUACCUGGACUGUUAGCCAUAGAUCAAGCACUGCAGGAAGAUUCUCAGAAGGCAGAGAGUCAGGAUGUAUCUGAAGAAACUGAAUUAGAAUCAAAACAAUGUUUUCCUUCUGAUGACACAUGUGAGAAGCCAGUAGAUGAAACCGCAAAGUUAACUGAAAUAAGUUCAACUGCACAGCUUAAUAUUCCUGAAACUGUAACAGAAGUGUUGAACAAGGAAGAAGUGGAAGUCAAAGAAAGUGAUGUUCUAGAAUCUGUAUCCUCGCACUCCUUAUCUAUGAAAGAUUUUGCUGUAGUGGAAGAAGUUGCACCUGCCAAACCGCCAAGACAGCUUACUCCAGAACCUGAUAUAGUAGCUAGUACAAAGAAGCCUGUUCCAGCACGCCCACCCCCUCCAGCUAACUUCCCACCUCCUAGGCCCCCACCUCCAUCUCGACCUGCUCCACCACCAAGAAAAAAGAAGAGUGAAUUGGAGUUUGAGGCUCUUAAGACACCUGAUCUAGAUGUUCCCAAAGAGAAUAUUACAUCUGAUCCUCUCCUAACUGCGAGCAUGGCUUCAGAGAGUACAGUCAAAGAUUCUCAGCCUUCUCUUGAUUUGGCAAGUGCUACCAGUGGAGAUAAAAUAGUUACUGCCCAGGAAAAUGGAAAAGCACCUGAUGGGCAGACAAUAGCAGGUGAAGUGAUGGGCCCUCAGAGACCUAGAUCCAACUCUGGGAGAGAGCUUACUGAUGAGGAAAUUUUAGCCAGUGUAAUGAUUAAGAACCUAGAUACUGGAGAAGAAAUACCUUUGAGUCUUGCAGAAGAGAAACUGCCAACGGGUAUUAAUCCUCUCACUCUACACAUCAUGAGAAGGACUAAGGAGUAUGUAAGUAAUGAUGCAGCACAGUCAGACGAUGAAGAGAAGUUACAGUCUCAACAAACAGAUACUGAUGGUGGACGGUUAAAACAGAAAACGACUCAACUAAAGAAGUUCCUAGGAAAAUCAGUAAAGAGAGCGAAACACCUUGCUGAGGAAUAUGGUGAACGUGCUGUAAAUAAAGUUAAAAGUGUUAGAGAUGAAGUUUUUCAUACUGAUCAAGAUGAUCCUUCAUCAAGUGAUGAUGAAGGAAUGCCGUACACAAGACCAGUUAAAUUCAAAGCAGCACAUGGCUUCAAAGGACCUUACGAUUUUGAUCAGAUCAAAGUGGUACAAGAUCUUAGUGGUGAACAUAUGGGAGCUGUGUGGACCAUGAAAUUUUCUCACUGUGGCAGAUUACUUGCCUCUGCUGGACAAGACAAUGUAGUGAGAAUAUGGGCUUUAAAAAAUGCUUUUGACUAUUUCAACAAUAUGCGAAUGAAAUACAAUACAGAAGGACGUGUGUCCCCAUCACCUUCUCAGGAAAGUCUAAAUUCAUCAAAAUCUGAUACAGAUACAGGGGUAUGCAGUGGAACUGAUGAAGACCCUGAUGAUAAAAAUGCACCAUUUCGACAACGGCCGUUUUGCAAAUAUAAAGGACAUACUGCUGAUCUGCUUGAUCUUUCCUGGUCUAAAAACUACUUUCUGCUUUCUUCUUCAAUGGAUAAAACAGUCAGAUUAUGGCACAUUUCCAGAAGAGAAUGCCUUUGCUGUUUUCAGCAUAUAGAUUUUGUCACUGCCAUAGCUUUCCAUCCGAGAGAUGACAGGUAUUUUCUAAGUGGGUCUUUGGAUGGAAAGCUCCGCCUUUGGAACAUACCUGACAAAAAAGUGGCUUUGUGGAAUGAAGUAGAUGGUCAAACAAAAUUGAUCACAGCUGCAAAUUUCUGUCAGAAUGGCAAAUAUGCAGUGAUUGGAACAUACGAUGGAAGGUGUAUUUUCUAUGAUACAGAGCAUUUGAAAUACCACACACAGAUACAUGUCCGAUCUACUAGAGGGCGCAACAAGGUUGGAAGAAAAAUUACUGGCAUUGAGCCUUUACCUGGAGAAAAUAAGAUACUGGUAACCUCAAAUGACUCCAGAAUCAGACUAUAUGAUCUUAGAGAUUUGUCGCUGUCCAUGAAGUAUAAAGGUUAUGUCAACAGCAGCAGCCAGAUCAAAGCAAGUUUCAGCCAUGAUUUUAAUUACCUUGUUAGUGGCUCAGAAGAUAAGUAUGUUUAUAUCUGGAGUACUUACCAUGACUUAAGCAAGUUUACUUCAGUCAGGAGAGAUCGUAAUGACUUUUGGGAAGGUAUUAAAGCACAUAAUGCAGUUGUUACAUCAGCUAUCUUUGCUCCAAACCCAAGUUUGAUGUUGUCUUUGGAUGUGCAAUCUGAAAAAUCAGAAGGAAAUGAAAAAGGUGAAGAUGCUGAAGUGUUGGAAACCAUGCCCUCUGGUAUUAUGAAGACAGACAACACAGAAGUUCUUCUCUCUGCUGACUUCACUGGAGCAAUCAAAGUGUUUAUUAACAAAAGGAAAAAUGUAUCUUAAUUUGAAAUGACAUUUAAAAUAAACAUAUCAGUAAGUUUCUGUAUGUACCAGGACUGAAAAAAAUCAUAGUGUUUCAGGUUAACAUCCUUUUUUUAAAUUUUUAUUGGAAGUUGUUCAAAUAUAAUAUAUUUUUUGAGAGGCAGUGUUAAUGAUCUAGUAAACUCUGGAUUGAUAGACUAGAAAGGAAUGUAGCUAGAAUAACAUUGCCAAACAUUAGGCUUUACAUUUUGUUACGUUUGUGUUUUUGUUAUAUAAUUGUGAACAUGCACAGGUUUCUGCAUGAAAAUAUAUUAAUAUAUUAAUCACAUGUGUGUGCCUUUUGGUUACAUGCACUAAAUCUAACAGAGUUAAAUUAUUUCAGUGGCUCUUUUGGCCUCUUAUUGAGGAGGAGUGUCUUGUUUCUAGCUUAAAUAAUUUCUUUUGCACAAAAUUUCAUUUUUAAGAGAAGUGGUAUCUUUUGACUGAGUUAUUGUUUUAAAAAUGUUAUAUAGGUUUUCAAUAGGUCAACAACCAUGUGUAAAUGGUUUUUAUAAAUUUCUCAAUUUGGGGACGAUUUUUUUUGUGUGUGUGGUCUAAAUUGUGGACUUAAGAUUCUUUUCUUUGUAUGUGUAUAUAUAAUUUUUUUUUUUUUUGCCACACUGGAGCACAAUGUUUCUAUGUAAAGAAUUCUUUUCAUUCUUUAUCCAUGAGCACCAGGCUUUGCUCACUUAAAAAAAAUUAAGCCGCAUUAAGGAGUGAGUCUUCUUUUUUACAAUAAUGUAAAAAUGGACUGUUUACAUUUUUUUAAAGCAUUGUAGUUUUAAAAAUUAAGCUGUUUUGUUUUGUGUUGUUAAAUUUGGAAGCCUUUGUAAAUAUUGAUAAUGUACCAAUGAAAUAACAUCUGGGGUUGAUGGAACCCUAAUAAUGUUGUUGAUGGUUAGCAUAUGUUUCUGAAAAUUAAAUAUGUAUUAUUAAAAGUUGGUGGCCAAAAAUUGUU